AUGCGACUUGGAAAAUGUCAAAAUAAAGUUUAUGGGCAAGGAAUGAUUUUACUUUUACCUUUUAUUGAUGAAGUAACGAUUGUUGAUUUGAGGUUUUUUUAUUUGAGAUUUUUUUUGGGGAUUUUUUUGACAAGCUUAACUAGACACUUAAGUCGUCUGGUUCUUUCAUUACAUUUUAAAAUUAAAAUUUUAUGGGUCUUUUUCAUGCUCGCGAUUUUUAGUAGGAUUAAGAGGGAUCUUGUCUGUCACGUUUUAGUUCAAAAAUAA